AUGCCUCAAAAGCUUCCACAAGCAGCAGCUCUUGUUCCUGCAUCAAAACAUAUUGCCACUGAAGAAGUUUUUUCUGAAGCCAGAGAUCUGCCGAAAGACAAAGAAUUGUUCGAACAUUCGACCAGUCACGACCUGUCAGGUUCUCUCAAGUCCGAAGAAUCUAGCAAGUGUGCAAUUUGUCAAAAGAACCUGGGACGGGAGGGUGUCAAAAAAUUACAGUGCGGUCACACCUUUCAUCAGACUGGCUUGGAUCGAUGGGCUCUAGAGAACCCUCAAGACGGUGAUUGUUUGAUUUGUUCAACGCGAGCUGUUCCCUCUAAUCUCGAUUCCCCAUACUGCCCAGGUUGUGGCAAACCCAUCCAUGAGCUCUGCUUGAACAGAUGGCUCCAUGGAUCGACGACUUACAUAUGCCCAGCGUGUUCAACCGAUUAUUUAAAAUGGCACCAAGAUCAACUAUCUGAUGAUAUAGACCUGGAAGCGCAAGAGCACGAUGCCCUAACGCACCUAACGGACCACGAAGGGCAAGGUCAGGCGCACCUGUUGCGGGAUUCCUCUGCAUUUUCAUCGUUGGUCUCAUCCAGGAAACGCAUGCGUGAAUACGCCUUGGAAAAUGAUUGGGAAGGCUCGUCUUUAGCAUCAUCUUCUUACGCCAACAAACAACGGGCUCGUGAGGAUCCAACGAGGGAGGAUCACGACUUUGAUGGCUCUGAGUAG